AUGCGUGUCUGUGUCGGCUGGUAUGCCGGUGUCGGUGUUGUUCGCGUUGUCGGUGGUGUUUUUGUGCAGGUGUGUAUGUCGGUGCUACGAUUGCUUCAUCAAGUUAGCUUGGCCUAUUUUUUUUUCGUUUUUUGUGAAUGCCCUAUUAUGUUGAUUGAAGCGCACAGUGCGUUUGGUCAGGACACUCGUCCAUUCUUAGUGGCGCCGCAACGGUGUGAACAGCUGUUAGGAAGGAAGAGCAAGGCUUGUGGGGACGUUUGUGGCUGGUCACUGGCUGCAUCUAAAUGGGCCUACGAGGAGCUGCACUAA